UUGGUAGGAAAGGAAAUGAUUGUGUAUUUGCUGUUUAAGUGAAGCCCCUAUCAAUUCUACUUUGUGUUCAUGUUUAAGAAACAAUCCUAACCGUCAUGAGGAGUAUUGGCGAUGACCAUUCUGCUCCGAGACUGAAGAAAGGGCAAUGGACACCCGAAGAGGAUCUUUUGUUGACGAAAUAUAUAGAAACCCAUGGUGAAGGAAAGUGGCUAACAUUACCCCAGAGAGCAGGUCUGCAACGUUGUGGAAAAAGUUGCAGAUUGAGGUGGAAGAACUACCUGCGACCCAACGUGAAACGAGGGAAUAUUUCUUUAGAAGAAGAAGACCUCAUCAUCGGAUUGCACAAGCUCCUCGGCAAUCGAUGGUCUCUGAUAGCACGAAGAAUGCCCGGUAGAACAGAUAAUGAAAUCAAGAACUACUGGAAAUGUCAUUUGAGCAAGAAACUCCCUCUCAAUGACAUACUUGAGAAUCCCAAUCAUUACAAGGCGUCGAAACACCUGCAUUUGCAUUCUUAUAGAAAAGAUGUCAUGGACAGUGAAAUCUUGUACAAUUAUAGCUCCAUGCCUGACUGUAAAAUGGAUUAUUUGGACAGUCAAAAGCAUUCACAUGAAGGAGAUCACCUGGAGGUCAGCGAUUUCAAUAUUAGCCAAAUUGACCCAUCAAGUCAUAUGGCAUGUGCAUUUCAGCGCCCUCCUCAUACUUCAGAAGAAGACAGCAGCACAAGAUUUUCCCAAGUUUUAUCUGCCAACCAUGAUGUGGGUUUUUCUACAGAAGCUUGGCUGCAACAACCACUGCCACCAUCAGGCCAAUUUUAUGAAAAUGGGCACGUAUUCCACUCGAUGGUGGCCAUGCAGCCAAAGUACUGUUCAUCCUCAUCACUGUGUACUGAUGGUUGUCAUAAUGAAAUAUGGGAUCACAAUGAUUUGGGUAGUGAUCAUCAUGAACGUUAUGAUCAAAUACGGAAUCACAAUGAUUUGGGAUGUACAGAGAUGCAAGACCCUCCUCGGUCAGCCUCGGAUUCUGAGCUCUUGUCUACAUUUUUUGAAGAUUCUAUUACCAAUGACUUUGGUGAGUUUGGUGAUGAUUUUCAAAGCAUGAACUCCAUAUUAGGCUGGAACAAUAUUCAUGACAAUUUGAAAGGUACUAAGAAUACAUAG